ACAGCAGAUGUGAGCGAUGCCAAUCAUGGCCGCUAUGGACCAAUAUCCUCCUUGAAGUACAGCGAAUGAAUGCUUAUGACAUACGCAACCACCCCUGCUGCCAAGAGCCUAGUGACAACAUUACCCUGGCCAUGAUAAUAGAUGCGUAUGAGAUAUAUGGCCACGACCCGACAGACAAACUGGACCAUCUGGCGCACUUUCAGAUAGAAAUGAUGAAGAUUAAACGAGCUCCAGAUCAGUAUAUCAUAAAUGAACAUGUUCACAUAGCUACCGAUCACCUAGGAAGAUUUAUAAACAUGCAUAUCAAAGAACUAAAGAUACUGCUAAUAGCUCUAGACGAUGUUAUAGACAACAUGUUGACCAUGUAUGAUAAUCAUAACGCGAUAAAAACAGAAAGAGUGGCAACUUAUAACGCAGGGGCGGGUGGUGCUGUUCCUAUGGAGUUUUAUUUGAGCCAAGAAUACUAUUGCGGUAAGAACGUCUAUCUCUUCGUGUCUGAACUCUAUAGCGAUAUCUACGAGAUGGGUCGCGGCACCUCCCCAUAUUGCAAGGAUCGUGGCUUCCAUUUCCUUGGCUUCGUACAUUUUAUGGAUGACAACAAAUACUUCCUGGAAGAGGACCCGAAUAUUGUGUUCCAGAUGGACAAUUAUAUACAUGGUUUGGAGUGCCAUGUGGGUUUAUGUAUUUAUAGGUUCCCCUUCAAAAAGAACCUACAACACAUCCGUGACGUCUCCACCCUUCCUAAGGCGAUCGUCAAAUGCGGUACAGAGGUGUAUAAGCUGCCACCACUUACUGCUGCAUCAUGUAUUAUCACUUCUGGCUCUUUUAUUUUGGACUUUAACAUUCAGGGGAUACGGUUCCGCCAUUUUGAUUAUAUGCUGUUUCUGCCAAAUGGUCACUCAUAUUACACGAAAGAAAAAUCCUCUCCUUUGGCUUGCGAUCACCAUGUAUGUGAAUGGAAUAAUACUAAUUUCUACGGAGGUCCAUUUAUAAUCCCCGGUGAUCCGGGCACGGGUCUGACUCCAAUACCGCCUUUCAUCGAACAAACGACUGAGCCCUACAACAUACACUCUACGGAACCACCGGGCCAUGAGUUCGCUAAUAUUACCUAUUCCCUCGACGGCUGCUGGUUCAUGUUCCCGCCGAACUAUGGGUCGAUUGCUGGAAUCAGCUACUUAGAUCCACUCACUGUUAACGAGUAUAGAUACACUUGUUCUGGAGCUAAUAAUAAUAAGGGUCUCUACUGGUACCCGCAAUGGAUGGGCGCGCCCCCCCACCACCCGCGCCCGCAGGCCGGCGAUUCGCCCCCCGCGCCCGGAUCGUUAUCCGCCGCCUACUACCCGCACCUGGCCAACCCACCGCUUAGUGUUAACGCGCCCGGACAGAAAUAA